AUGAACAAAACUAGCACAAAAACAUUGAUAGCACUUUUAGUAGUUCUGAUAAGUUUUAUUUUCAUUGUCGAGUUCACAAGUCCAAUUCAAUCAAUUAAUAUUGGACAUUUACAAAAAAGACAAACUCCGGCACCACCACCAGACAACCCACCACCAAAGGAUAAUCCACCACCACCACCAAAGGAUAAUCCACCACCACCACCAAAGGAUAAUCCAUCACCAGCACCUCAACCAACACCUGAUGCAACACCCAACCCAAAUCCAUCACCACCUGCUCCAAGUGCACCACAAACACCAGCACCCAACCCAGAUGCAACACCAACACCUGAUCCAAAUGCAACACCAACACCUGAUCCAAAUGCAACACCAACACCCGAUCCAAAUGCAACACCAACACCUAAUCCAACACCUAGUCCAAAUGCACCAGCACCCAACCCAAGUGCACCACCAACACCUGAUCCAAAUGCACCAACGUCUAAUUCAACAACAACUGUUGUUAGUAUUACUAGUGAUACUACCACUAAUACAGUUAGUCCAAUUGUCGAUAGCUCAGUUGUUACUAACUCAACUGGAACUAAUGCUGAUACAAAUGCCGGUCCUAGUUCUAGUCCUAACACUGGUGUUACUUCUAUAUCAUCAACAGUUUCUCAAUCUACUACUACGUCAUAUCCACCUGGACGAGAACCAUGCACAAAAGCUGAUGAUCCAAGAUGUGAACGUAAAACAACAGACCCAACAGUGGUCAGCACAACAGAAGAGAAUGAAAUAAUCACAGAUCCACCAAAACCUACAAAAACCACAACAUCCCAAUCCCAAUUAGGCUCAAGCCAAAAAAAAUCAACCAUAACACAAUUCAAAACAUACACCACCACAGAAACAUCAUAUUUCCCAGGAUACACCACUUAUACAUCUUCAACAGGGACGGAUGGACAAUUAACAACAUAUGCAACUUACAUUCCACCAAGUACUGUUGUGGUGGUCAAGAAAGUUACCUCAGCAACUGUAGAGGAAAUUCAAGAAAGUAAUCCUGUUUCAGCUGGACAUCUUGAUCUGGAACUCUCAAUUUAUAAUUUAUACAGCAUCGCUACAUCAUUAUUUGUUAUUUCUGUGACAAUGCUUUAUUUAAUCAUUGCUUAA